UUGAGAUUGAAUUUAAGAGAGAGAGUGAAAAAGAGAGAGAGAGAGAGAGAGACAGAGAGACAGAGAAUGCGAACAUGUGUCGGUGCCGAGGAUCUUGUCUUCAAGAGUGUUGACAGCGAAGGUGCGUCGAAAAGAAUUGAUGAUCUUCUUUGCUUCGAUCUCUCAAUCCAGUUUUAAUCUUUAAAAUUGACGUUUCCGACGUUAUCUUCCUUGGCGUAUGUAUAACAACCACCGAUGCAGACCUUACGGAAGAAAAACAGCCCGUGCAAGUUUAAGAACGAGCCAACACGGUUCCUCGGGGAAGGCGUUUCGUUCAAGGCGAAGCUGAUCGGCAUAUUGGAAGUAUCCGAAGCACGUGGCGAUCGAAUGUGUCAAGCAGCAUUGGCGGACUUGAAGAUGGCGAUUCGUGCAGCCGGUGAACAUAAGCAAAGGAUUGCUGUACAGGUCAGCAUCGAUGGGCUUCGUUUGAGGGAUGAAAAAACGAGUGAAUGUUUGUACCAUCAUCCCGUGCACAAGAUAUCUUUCAUCGCUCAAGACAUGAGCGAUUCCAGAGCAUUCGGUUAUAUAUUUGGCUCACCAGACACAGGACACAGAUUUUUUGGUAUCAAGACGGAUAAAGCAGCGAGUCAGGUGGUCAUAGCGAUGAGGGAUCUCUUUCAAGUUGUGUUCGAGCUGAAGAAGAAGGAAAUUGAAUUGGCGAAGCAACACAUCGAACAAAAUGCCAUAAACGCUAUCAAGUUCCAUACCGGCGGGAUGUUCGUCGAACCAGCGCCCGACACCAAAGGUGCAGCCGGAACCGAAUCGUCCGUUCAUCGAACUAGACUUACAAACUCCGAGACGGAGAAGGCGACCGACAGGAAGAACGAAAAUCAGAGUGGCGUUAUCGCCGACUUGCUAGAUCUGCAAUUCGAGUUGAAUUCGUUACAACAGGGAAUACAUCAGAUGGAUAAAAUAACACCGGAACAACCUGGGCCGGCCACGGAUGAUCUGUUCGAGAGCGAUCCGUUCGGCGAUUCUUUCGCGAACAUGAAAUUAAAAGAUACCGUACAACCCAUUUUGCCACCGCCACCGUCCUCCGCGAAAAGAGGCCACUUGGAACGGCAACAAACCGUGCCAGCUCCGACGGCAUCGUCCGCUACGUCUAGUCCAGCCGCGACGUUGUACAGCAAAACGCCACCUCCUCAGGAGACGAUGCAUUGGUUCGACAAGGAAACGGAAAAUCUUUUCAACGACGGAGAGCUAACGAACCCAGCGAAAACUGCCGCGGUUAGGAAAGAUCAGGACGAGGCGAGUACCUCGCUGAACGCAACCCCGAGAAGUAGCCAAGCCAAAAGUCCGCAGAUAGACGUAUUCACGGAACUGGAUCCCCUAGGGACUGGUCUGAUAAAGCCUUACGUCGAUAAGAAAGACUUCUUCCAACAUCUGAAAAACCCUCCAAAAAAGGUGCUUAAAGAUUUAGUAACGACCAAUUCGACGGAUACGUUUCCAACGAAUUUCAAUCUAACGUCGGAUACCCCGUCGGGCUCUAUAAAAUUACAGAAUGAUUUACCUUUGAAGGAAAGUGAUCGCCACGAAGAGGGCAAUUUCGCGAAUUUCGAUCGAUUCGAUGAGAACGAGGCCACGCAGUCGUCCAUCCUUCCGAGGUCCGACUCGCCCCAAAAGAAAGAUAUUGUAUCGAGGCCGACUCAUCACCAACCGUUGUCGGUGUCCCUCCCGCCCGAAGAGACGCCUACCAAGAGUACGCUCGCUGGGAUAUCCUCCGUAAACGCUCCAACCGCCGUCGGAGGAACGACGAGCGUUGCCGGCAGAGCAGACAAGGAUUCCAACGAAUCCGUCCAGGCGUUGGUCAGAUUGCCAAGCCCAAAGAAAUAUCUGCAAUCGGUUAGAAAACGAGAAUUCGAUAUGGAUUUGCCGAGCGGCAAGUCGCAGUCCAUAGAGAAACCAUUCCCGGUAGAUUUCUCUACCACGAGCGACUCACCGGCGUCGCCGCUGAGAUCCUGUUCCUCCGACGCGAACUCGAGAUUGUCCAGUUCCAGUGCGGAGCUGGAUCUCGUUCCUGAACCACCGCCAAGGGGCGCCGGAAGUAUAAUGAUCAAUCCGCCGCCCUUGCCACCGAAGAAGCAAGCCGCCAGAGGCUCCAUAAAACCACCGCCCAGACCGCCUUAUACCGAGGGUCACUUUCACUACGACUUCAUCGAGCGCGAGGUGGCUUCGCCCUCUCCGACGAGGACCAGAGAAAGGACGAAAAGUCCGCCGAGGGAUGCGAAGGGCCAGUUCGACGAUAACUUCAGUCCACCGUCGCAAGCGUCAGCCAGGACGGACUUGAUAUCCACCAUGACGACCUCCGCGUUCGAGGAUUCGUUCAGUUCGAUGAUACCCGCGACGAAUUUGUCAACGUUCUUCGCUUCGAGCGGCGGCAGAUCGCCCGCCGCGACGAGGAGACCGAAACCCUCGCUUGACAUCACCCUGAGUCAAUUAACUUCGGCGAACUUGGACGAGUUGGCGGGCAGCCUUGGCAUGACCGUGCAGGAACUAACGAGCCUAACGUUGCAACAGCUCACCGAAUGUCUCGCCAAUCUCUCGAGCAAAGAAUCGGCGACAGAGGCGAAAGAAGAGGAGACGGCCCGACCGAGACUGGAACAAUUCGCGACGAAACCAUCCGCGUCCACGUGUAAAAUCACGGAAACCAGUUUCGUCAGCAGCGAGCCACUUUUCAAAGCGAACUUCGAUCAGGAACCGACGAAGAAGCAGGAGGAACCGACGUACGACAAGUACGCCGUGUUUCGAGAAUUGCUCGAGAUGGAACGGAUGCAGGAGGAGGAACCGAGGGAGGAGACGAACGACGAGGAAGUCGCGACGGAUACCGAAAGCAAAGAACCGGAGGAACGAAAAGAAUCGGAGGAGGACGAGACACGAGGCGAACUCACGGCCGAAGCUAUCGUAGCUAUGGCGAACUUGACCGUCAAGUUGCCACCCAGUACCGAGGAAUUAGCGAAGGAAGAUUCGAGGAUGAUGGCAAUCGAGGAAACGAACGGAAUCGAGACCGACAGGCCGAUCGGCGCGAUGGAAGCUCUCGGCGAAACGAAGGACGACGCGAUCGAGGUAUCGACGAAGUUGCAGCCAAAGACCGAGGGGGAUGUCGAGGCGGACAUCGAAGAAGAUACGACGGAAGAUACGACCGUUACGGCGGGUAAUCGGGACAGAGGAGAGACUUCGUCGGACAAGGGCAGCGAAGCGAACGGCGUGCCGGACAAGGUCGUCGUGCCGGAGAGCAGCACGGAGGACGUCGGUCGAUCCUCCGUCGCGGAGAAAACCGAGGUGAGAUCCUCGACGUCGACGUCGAGCGACAGAUACGCGGCGUUGAGGGAGAUAAUAGGCGAGACGGAAAGAUUAGGCAAGCAGAACGAGGAGGAGUCGUCCUCCAGACGAGAGUCCCCGGUGGUGGUACAGCAGCAGGCGUCGUCGAGUAAGAACUUGGCGGAGGCCGAACUCUUGAGUUUAUUCUCGGACAGUUUGCCGACCGUACCGCCGAGCCCGAGGAGGUCCCUUAAGAAGAAGGAGGACGAUCUGAAAAGCGUCGCCAUGGAUAUUUUCGAAGAAAUAAAGAUGCUCAACACCGGGACGCAUAAAGCGAAAGAGGUAAAAGCUAUCGCCGGCAUCGCCGGAUUCGAGGACGUGUUUUGUCCCUUCGCCGAGGAGGUCGCCAAGGACAACGGUCGAGAAGACGGGGAGAGGGAGGAGGACGGCAAUUGGGCCAAGUUCGAAACGAGCGUGCUCGGUUCGGACAGAUCGUCUUGCGAAGGGGCGCGCUCCGUGGGUGGUACGUCGCCUUGGUCGCCCGACGGCAAGGACUUCCAUCGCGACGUACCGCCUUUCAAAUCCGUCGCCUCUACCAGCGGGGUUCACAGACAUUCCGGCGACAGCGACAACGAAUGGAAGGACGAGGAGGAGAGCGAGGAAAGUAACGGCAGGGGACGUCCGGAGGGGAGAUUCUGGUGCGGAAGGCAUCCGAGGUUCGACGCGGCCGAAUUCGACGAGAGGUCGUUCUACGAGGAGGCCUCGGCCUCGCUGGACAAUAGAUCGGACAAAAGGGAUCGAAGCUUUCGGGGCCGGGCGGUCAGGAAGUCGCGCGGUCCGUGGGCCAAGAACGUCGGACACAGACCGAGAGACCCGUCGCGCUGGCACGAGAAACCUCAAUGGGAGGAGGUGCCGAGGCGUUAUCCCCAUCGAAAGUUACCUUACAAGGAGAACGACGAUCAUUACGACGUGCACGAUCACUUGUCGCGAUUUUGGAAAUGCAGGCCAAAGUCCCAACGAUGGAAUUGGAUACCCGACGAUGCUUAUUACGACGAGGAGCGCAGAAGAAAGAUGACGGAGAGAAAGUUGACGUUGCUGUGGAACGAAGAGGACAGAUUCGGCAGCGAGGAGAGCGUUGGCUUCGAGGAGGACGAUAGAUGGGCCAAACGCAAAUACGAAAGGAGACGGUGGGACGAGGAUUACGGUAGAUAUUGGAACAGGCGGAGUAGUCCUCCCUUGGACGGCGAGUACCCGUCCAAGGAAGGUUACUACUACUAUCGGGAGAGCAGAGAGAGGCCUCACGACUACGCCAGCGGGGCGUGGGACGAGGAGUACGGUCCGGAACGUGUCGGGGACGAAUCAGGUAGAUACAACACGGUCGGUAGAAAGAGACAUUGGCCGAAGAGGCCGAACAGUGCUAACGAGGGUCGUAAUACCGAGUACGGUGAAAUGGUGUAUGCCGACGCGAGGAGCAAGUUCGGUACGUCUAGAUCGGAAUGCAGCGACAACGAUUCGGAUCCUUACUUGAGGCCGUCGCAGAGGUCGAGAAGUCGCGAAAGUUAUUGGGGCAGCGAUCAGGAGUACGAUAGUUGGCCGGAGAGACCGUAUUGGUCGGAGGGUCCGGACGUCAAGAGCGAGACGUUGCAUCGUAAGAGAGUAGCGAGGCAUAAGGCCGCCGCGCGACAAGCGGUACAGGCUAAAACGCAGAGCCCUUUCGAGGAUGAUUUUGCGCAAAGUAUCGAGCAGGUCGAGUCACCGGCCAGUGAAACGUUGCCGUCGGCCGAGCCGCGCGUUCGUCCGGAGAUCGGCGAAUCGAAAAGGGGAGAAUUGAUCGAACGGCCUCCUCCGAGUCCUUCCGCGACUCCGAGUCGAUUAUCUACCAAGGAAGUGCAUCCACGCAGGGAAAUGCCACGGGAAUAUAACAAGCGGUCGACCUUCUUCGAAGACGAUUUAACGCCGACCGCUAGCGUCUCCACCAGCGACGCGUCCGACCGACGAAGAUUGUCGUCGGACUUGAAGGCGACACCCGAAGAAAUUCCACCCGACGCGAAGGAUUCUCAUAGGUCGAUAGACGGUUUCGUUUCGGAGGACAGUGGCCGAGAUUCCUUCUUCAACGGUGAUCUUAGGUUCGACGACGACGACGCGUUCACUUUCAAGUCCGAAUUAGAGGACAGCGUGCCCGAACGUUGUACCACUACCUUGCCAUUGAAAAACGCCAGGCAAAACAAAUACGCUGCCUCGAACAGUAACAACAAAGGUAGACCAUCCGAUCAAUAUAUAAGAAAAUCCGAGUCGGUGAACAUCUUCAUACGCGAGGAAGAUCCGUUCGACGACGACGACUUUUUCAAUUGACUCGCGGCCAAUCGCGAAUCCACGCGUUCGUCGCAAUCGGACUAUCGAUCUCUCAAAUGAGUGGAAUCCGUACGUAGCGAUUCUUUAUUUCUUAUACUUUCUUUUUACGAAACCGCCACGUGUCGUCG